AUGACAUUCACUCAUCUGCCUUUAAGACAUCUUAUGAAGGAUAAAGCACAAUGCAUUGAAGAUCAGUACAGAAAAAAAAGCUUUGUUGACUGGUCUUUAUCGGCGCUGUUUGAAAAUUCUUGUAUACCAAAAGAUACAACUGAGUUCUGGACUGCAGUUCGCCACUACAAAAAUACAUCAGGAGAUGCAGCAUUUAAUGAACUAACAGACUAUUGCCUAACUUGUCUUGUUCUUCCUAUAUCAAACGCUUUUGUGGAAUGUGUUUUUUCUCAGAAGAAAAUUAUUAACCACGAAUCUUUACCAAAUCUAAAUGAAAAGUCUAUAAAACAAUUUUGCACUACUCGAACAAUAUGCUCAGAUAGAACAAGCUCUGCUGAAUCAGUGCAAAUCAUUACCAGCACUGCCACAGAUGAAACGCAGGGAAGCUCGCGUGUGUCUAAUAACACAAUUGCCUUUUUUCAAAAAGCAUCGACACAGGUCUCACUGCGGGAGAUUUUGCAAAGAAAAGAAUUGUGGCAACUUGAUAAUCCUAAGGCUCAAGCUUUUACCAAGCUUAUUGGAGAAAUGAUAUGUUUAGACUUGCAGCCAUACUGUAUUGUUGAAGAUAAAGGUUUUACCCGACUUUUAAAGAAUUUAGCUCCAAACUAUACAAUACCUAGUCGAAAGUAUUUCUCCACAAAAGUCAUUCCCCUGAUGUAUGAAACCAUAAAAGCCAAAGUAAAAUAUGAGCUUGAUCAAGCAGAUUUCUUAAGUUUAACUAGUGAUGGUUGGACCUGUCAGCACACAAUUCAAUCGUAUUACAGUUUAACAGCUAGAUUUGUAACGCAUGAGUUUACAGUUAAACAUGUCAUCUUACAAGUUACACACUUCCCUGAGUCGCACACAGGGCACAAUAUAAGUAAAUUCAUAAAUGAAGCGCUACAAUCAUGGGAAAUUCCCCGUGAAAAAAUUCAUGCAGUUUUAACUGAUAAUGCAGCCAAUGUAAUGGCUGCCAUUAAAGAGUCAAAUUUAGGCAAUAAACAUCUUCCAUGUCUGAUACAUACUUUACAACUUUGUAUUCAGAAAAAGAUUUUUAGAGAACAAAGAACAGCAAGUGAUACAAUAGCUGUUUUUCGAGCAUUAGCAGGACAUUUCCACCACUCAUCUAGUGCUGUGGCUAAACUAAAGGAAAUUCAAAGUCAACUAAAAUUGCCAGAGCAUAACAUAAUUUAAGAUGUUUCCACAAGAUGGAAUUCGACAUACUAUAUGCUUGAAAGGUUCAUUGAGCAGAAAAAAGCUAUUACAUUGUAUUGCAUUACCAGAAAUCAAGCAAAUGCAAAAAAUCCUACGGAAAAUCAAUGGCAACUUGCUGAAAUGCUUGUAUGCAUAUUAAAACACUUCGAAAGUACUACAAAAGACAUGAGUAAAGAAACGGCAUGUAUAUCAGAGAUUAUACCAUUUAUCUAUGCAAUGGAAAAGUUUCUAGACUACGCUUGUGACACGGCAACUGAAAUAAAAACUGUUGUUGAUGAACUUAAGAAAGAUUUUAACUGUCGUUUUCAAAAAUACAAGGAUACUCAUGAAUCUCUCAAUGAAAAACUCAAGAAUCAUAAUAUAAUAGAAAUACUCCAUUUAGAGUUCUACCGUUUUUGUUCCAAAUCUCAUUUAGAAUAAGUAAAAGAAAUUGAAUUUGGUGUAGCAAGAGGUAGUGGAUCAGACUCAGAAGAAUCAUUAAGUUCAUUUUCAGAAUCUAAAAUUCAUCAGUCCGACUCAGAUUUUGAUGGCCAUGGCUCUCCAUUAAAAAAAAAAAAACUAAUGAGCAUGGACAUAUAUAGCUUGUUCCACCAAAUCGGUGCAAAUGAGUAUGCUCUACAAAAUUCAGAAAAUUCUGACGGACGAAGAAAAAAGAAAAAAAACACUAGUUCAAUGGGAAAAACUCUAACUGUCAAAGAAAAAUGCACCGAUGAAGUCAACUUCUACUUGAGCCUUCCAAUACUGCCAAAGAAUGAAUGCCCUUAUAAGUGGUGGAGUGCAUACCGUUACACUUUCUCUGAUAAAGAUACUUACAAGUUGAAUUUGUCAAAGUUUUCAAAGAAAGUUUUGUGCGCGCCUCCUUCAUCUGUAAAAAGUGAACGCUUAUUUAGCACAUCUGGAAACAUAUUUGAAGCAAAAAGAAACAGACUAUUACCCGAACAUGGAGAACAGAUUGCAUUUUUAAAUUGUAAUAUGCCUGCUUUCAUUGAAUAAAUUUUUAUUAACUAAAUAACAGACUGCAGCUUCUUAGUUCAACUGAUUCAACUUUUUAACAAUAUUUAAAACAAAUACCAAAUUUUGUGUUCAAAUUAAAAUAAUGACUACUUUUAUAUUUUUACAUUUUACGUGUUUACAUUUUUAUAAAUUCUUUCAAAGAAUAGACCAUAAUUUACCUAAAGUAUCAGUAAAUGUCUAAGAUUUAGUGAUGUAAUCUUUCCUAUACCUGCUAGAUAUAUAGAGUUAAGACUCUAAAUUUCACUCUCUAAAUUUUUGUACAAAAUUUGUUUAAAUUUUUUAUAAUAUUGAUUUUGUUUUAUAAUUUUCCUAAAAUGGGCAUGUAGGCCAAAACAUUGAAACCUAAAACAUUGAUAUAUAAUUUUGAAAGCAACUUGAUUAUUCAAACCACCGUGGUGAAGUAAAUUGAGCUUUAAAUUACGUAUAGAUUAAGCCGAAGCUUCGGCUUCGGCAAAGUGGCUUCAGCCGAAGCUUCGGCUUCGGCAAAAUUGCAGCUUCGGUACAUCCCUACUAAUUACCUUGUUUUAACAUAUUUGUUGUAUAGGCAGGUUCGGCGCAUAGCCACCAAUAUAUCAUUGAUGUGACAAAAACAUUAUAUGUAUUUUAUUCUAAAUGGUUAUACAAUAAUUGGGUCUCAACAAGAUUUGGUCUUUAAUUGGGUUUCAGUGAGACUAGAUUAAUGUUAUAAACUUAUUUUAAUAUUAAUACAUCUUAAAAUACUUAUUAACAGGCCCGCCAAGAGCUUUUGUGAUGCCCGCGUCCAAAAGUUUAAUGGAUGCCCUAUUAAACUCUAGAACUUAAAAUGAAAAAUACCAAGUAAAUUAGUAUUGCUUUUUUGGUUUACUUUCACCGAAAACCGAAAAUCACAUUUAAUUAGUUUUGGUUUUUAAAAACAAACUAUGGUACUAGUCUUAAUAUCGAACUUCUUGGCCUACGUAGCGGCAAAAAUAACAACUUCAUAAAAAAAGUUAUUGGCUAAAUCUGAUUCAAUUGAAAUGAUCAAGUAGCACAAUACUGAUGAAAUUUUUUUUUUCUACUUACGAAAAAUAAAAAUAAAAAACUUUAUAAGAAAAUUCGUAUUUACAUACGUCUUCUGGGUAACGUUUUGCCAGAUUCUCAGCUUUUAAACCUAGAUUUUUGUCUGUUUGAGAUUUCAGUAAAGAUUAAAGGAAUAAAAACUUGUUAAAUUUCUCUUAUAUAACUUUAAAUCUUGAUCUCAUUUGAACAGUCAGAUUGUCGAGUGCAACAUUGAAGACAUUACACCCAAAGUUUUUUGAUGCUUUUUCGUGGUUGUAACUAGCAGUUUCAUCAGGUUCUCUUCACAGCAAUUAUAGUUUUGUCAAAUUUCAAAACCUUUGCUACUUCUGUUGCCUUUAUCAAGUAUAAUUAGGUACCAAGAUAAACGGUUUCAAUCCAGAUCUGUCAAAAGGCCAAAUCAAAAUAUUUACUUCAUCAUCUAGAGUGAGUUAAGUGGAUUGAAGCUGAAGAU